ACGGAUACACAGAUAUACGAGUACAUACAUACAUACAUACAAACAUAUCAAUAAAUAAUUGUAUUCCCAUGCAUGAAAAUGUUAAGUGAGGAUUCUGAUAAUAUCGUAUAACUACAAUACAUUGAGUAUUGAGAUGGCAUCGAAAAAGAACCCCAUUAUGGAAAAGCAAAGAGAUAACGUGAUAAGUCCAAGUCCCUCGGGACAGCAGCCACAGCUAGCCACCUUGCGUCGUCCGGUGGCCGUGGUUAAAAAAAGAUCGGGCCCAUUAGAUGGUGUGCUUGAUGAGCUUAAUCAAAUGGAAGGCCAAGCUACGGUUGCCAAGCGAGAGGAUCUUCUUUCGACAGUCGCUAGCCCCCCCGAAGAACAUGCCUGUGCCAUUCGUCAGCCGACAGCUAGUUCUAGUACUUCAAAGGCCGUAGGUAGAGUUUUGUCAACGACAUCCGGACGACGUCGUUGCAGUACAAAAGAAAAAGACAAAAAACGGGAACGCUGGUUACUCACUCGCAAAACCUGGCGGUAUAUGACGGAUGCUGGUCGUAAACUCAUUCCCGAUGGGGUAACGCAUGGAGCGGACGAUAUUUCCCAGAUCGAAGCCCAGUUUCAACGCGUUUGUGCCUCCGAGCCCCGUUUCAUUUUGUGGCGUCGCAAGGCAUCCUAUCCCGGAGCAGGCGCUGCCAAGAGCUCGAGGCGACGUCUCAAGCUGCUCUCCCGACACAGUAGUCAGAGCCAAAACGCCCAGCGUACCACUCAGGAAGAGAAUGCUGAUCAAAUUAUAGAGCUUUUGCAGUCGUAUCUAAAAAUUCGCGAUGCAUACAAAACUACUGCCCUUCUAGGCACCAAAACAGUUAGACCCGACCAAACCGCCUCCCCCAGCUCCCAGCGUCCAUUGGGCAGCAGCAGGUCUGGUAAGUCCCUGGCCGGUUCCUCAAAGUCAACAGCGUCGGCGCAAUCGAUUGAACAGCUGGGCGAAGCUGAGAUAUUGGCUCGCCUGAAAAUUUUAUCUCAGAGCUCUAUGCUGGGUGGGUUGUCCAUACCUGUAGAAAGUAUAACUCCAACGAUUCUCGAAGAUAAAGCGCUGCUGAAGAAAAUAUACAAUACGCUAAAGAAACAACAACUUCACCGUAUAUUAAGUGUACAUUCCACUCAGCCCCCCAAAGGCAAGUUCAAUCUAUCUCGUGCUGCCUCACUCUCAAGUCUGUUCAACUAUAGUGGCUACGAAAAUACCUCACCGAAAACUCCUACAUCUAAGGUAGAUCAAACCAAAAACGCUUAUCGACCGGACUCAACAAAAAGCCCGGUCACGGUCAAUGUGGUGCCAGAAACACCGAAACGGACACGUAAACCACCAAAUACCCUGAACCUCAGUUCAACCUCGCCAAAAAGUAACCUACUACCCCCAAAACGUCAUCCGCACGUUGAGAAGAGCUACAAUAGUUGUGGAACGCAAACCAACUUCAUACAAUUGAGCGAGCUGAAGCGACUGGCUGAAAUCUACAAGGAGCAGAAGCAGGAGGAGUUGAUGUUCGAGAAUGGGAACAACAAUUCAGCAGCAUCCGAGGAGGAGUCGGACCGCCAUGGAGGUCAUGCCCACAGUCACGGCCACGGCCCCAGCACUGCGAAUCGCAGAAAGAGUUCCAUUGACAACGAGGACGUUUCCCAGUCUGUGAGUGAUACCAUCAAACGUUAUUUGAGGAUGGCCAGGAAGAAGAGUGUCCACGAUGCUGAUGCAAACCGAUUUAAGCGUGUCAACUAUGACCGCAACUUGCGGAAUAUCAAAGCAAAGGGUGAAAUAAAUCCACCCGGAAUGGAUGAGGACUUUAACAAGGCCGUUCAAACUUUGGAUGCCUGGCCACUUAUAGCACUCGAUUACAUUCGGGGGAAUGAGAGCUCCAGAACUUUGGAAAAUGCCCAUAUCGACUGGCAGAAAGCGCUCGAUGAGCGCAUCAGAAAGAAAUUGGAGUGGGAGAAGAGUAUUGGGGCAGGUCGUAGUGAAACAGAUGCUGGCCAUCCGAAUCCGAAUGUCCCUACCUCCACCAGCAAUGCCCCAACCGUUUGCACAUCAGCCCCAACCUCACCCACAAACGCCGACCAUUAUGGAAAAGAACGAAGCGGGAGGGGCGCUAGUGGCUUACUUACCUCAGGUUCCCAGUUCCUUUCAAAUUUUUGGCACGCUAAUCAAUCUCAGUCCUCAAGCAAUCAAUACGGCAAGAAUGGGAACAUUAGUGAAGCACACUUGAGCCCCAAAAAUGAAACAACAAAUAUGCAAAAAUCGAAAUCAUUAUCUAACGUUGGGCAAUUCGUUUCACGGAAAAUUUGGAGAAGUCGUUCAAAAAGUCAAAAUCGACCGAAUUAUGAUCAACAUUUCGCAUCUAUACAUUCUCAAAAGUGGUCCCCCACGGAUAACUGUACAUGGGUAUCGGACCACGGCGAUAAAUUUCAAAUUACCGAUACUUCGUUGGAAAAACUAUCGGAAACAGAAGCAAAGCUGUUAAUGCAUAUUGCCGUUGAGAAAAUCAAGGAACUAAACAUUGCAGUUAAUAUAGAUUUUGAUAGAAAGUCUCAGAAACGACGCAUUAUUCCAAAGAAAAAAGCUAUAACCACAAGCUUUUUCGAUAUUGGAAAAAAGGACGAUCACAAUGGGCGCGAUAAUUUAUUUGGAUCAACUUUGGAAUCCUGCUUGUCGAGGGAUAGAAAACGUGAGGUCGACUUACCUGGAUCAAAACAUUCACUGAUGUCAGUAUUUCGCAAUAGUGUUGCUGGAAGUGCAGGUGCUACCAAACUGAAUGACAAUGUGCGCUCAUGUGAAAGUUUGCCGUCGAAAACAUUGGAAAGUGGUUCCAAUGGUUCUUCAGAGCGAAGUAGUUUUGCGGGCUACUUCACAAACCUGAAGAAGUCGUCGUCCAUGCAAAUUUCCAGAAGUCAGUCCGACAUGAGACAUGACGAACUGGAGCUCGGGUACAAUAACAGCAGCGAUGCCGCUAUAGAUGCCGAAUCCAAAGUUACUUCGGAACUAAAUGUUCCCGCAUUCAUAAUGUGCUGUCUAGCAUACUUGGAGGAGCAUGGCUUACAAAAAGUAGGCCUCUUUCGUGUUAGCACCUCCAAGAAGCGUGUGAAACAAUUGCGUGACGAUUUCGACAAGAGCUUAAACAUAAGUAUUCCAAAUAAUACAUGUCCACAUGAUGUAGCCACGCUACUCAAAGAAUUCCUACGGGAUCUUCCAGAGCCGUUGCUUUGCAAAAACCUAUAUACAUCCUUUUUGGAAACCCAAAGAAUACGAAAUCGCCGUCUUCAGCUGGAAGGUAUAUCUCAUCUAGUUAAACUAUUACCAAUCGCCCAUAGAGACACUCUGUACGUUUUGCUCAAGUUUCUGGCGAAAGUCGCCGCCCACAGCGACGAUAUUCGGGCCAGUGAUGGAACCGUCCAUAUGAAUGGUAACAAGAUGGACAGCAGCAACCUAGCCACAGUUUUCGCUCCAAAUGUUCUGCGCGACGCGGCUAUUAAAACAGCCGAGAAUAGAGAGCACGAGUAUAUGAGUGAUGCUAUUAAUGUAAUUAGGACAAUGAUUGAUCACUAUGAGGAGAUCUUCAAAGUACCUGGUGAAAUUAUCGAUGUGGUUUAUUCCCAAAUGCUCGACGAAUGUCCCGAGAAGCUUUACGCUCUAAUUUCAAGCAAAGUUAACGUAACUGAAUGCUGUGAAGCAGCCAAUCCGUGUCCAACUCACAUGCAUUUGGCAGAAUCGGCUAUGAAUCAACCCGAUACCUUCAGCUCGUCGGAUGAGGUUUUCGAAUCCCCGAAGGAAACCAUACGAUAUGGCAUACUCGGCCCCGGGAGCAGUGAAAAGGGGUUACCUUAUGAUUUCAAGGAUCUGUGUGAAGAAAGGCGCCAAUCGACUCCUAUAUUGUUAGAUAACUGUACAUCCAACAACAUGAAUGUCUUUUCGGCUAGCCUUCAAAUAUCAAUUCCAGAACAGUCGUCUUCAAAAUCUACGAAGCGCGGCGGACUUCAAGAGCGCGAGAUAGCGAGCAGCAAGGUAUCGGAGCCGAGACUACCAACAAGUAUAUCUAAUAUUGGCGGAGCGACACUGAGCGCGAAAACUGCAGAAUUCGAAAGAAAUGCCAACAAAGAUAUGAUCUCUCCAAAUACUUCGCAAGGCCAGACAGUCAGAAGAAAACCUCUAUACAAGCGGCAGCAAUUGAUACCAAGCUCUAAGCGAAUUAAUUAAAUGUAAAUACUUUUAAAUAUAUUACCCUAAUAUUAGGCUUACAUAAAUAAAUACAAUGUACUUAGUUCACGUA